AUGGCAUUAGUAUCGGCGGCUCCAUAUUUGGCAUUACUUGGGGAACCAGACCCCAGCUUAAAGUCAUAUGCUUUAACAUCUUUGAAUGAUGUGGUUGAUCAAUUGUGGGCAGAAAUAGCCAACAACAUUACCGACUUGGAGGAAUUGUACGAAAAUACUGCAUUUGAGAAACGAGCAUUGGCGGCAUUGGUGAUCUCCAAAGUUUAUUACAAUUUGGGCGACUUUGAAGCUUCCGUAAGGUAUGCAUUAUACGCGGGCGACGAAUUUAAUGUCGAAGAACAAUCGCAAUACGUGGAGACAAUUGUCAGUAAAUGCAUCAAUUUGUACAAUGCAUUAUCUCAACAAAAAUUUAGCGACGAUUCGGUCGUCAUAGAGCCCAGAUUGACUUCAAUUUUCGAAAAGAUGUUGCAAAAAUGUUUAAAAGUGAAUGAAGUGAAGUUGACAUUGGGUAUUGCACUAGAGUCGUAUAGAUUAGACUUAGUGGAAUCUAUUUUAAAAGAGCAAAUUGCCGAAAAUGAAGAAUACGGAUUAGGUUUGAUACACUAUGUCUUGGUGUGCUCGAACUCCACCGUCACCAAUUCAGUGCUUAGGGUGAAAGUAUUAAACACCUUGAUAUCAUUGUUGUUGACAUUGAAGAAACAUCAAGACUUUUUCACUAUUAUCAAGAUUAUUGUGCAAUUGAAUGACACACAACUUGCAAUCAAUUUGUUCAAAGAGUUGGUUAAACAAGAGGAGGAGUUGAUUGCUUAUCAAGCUGCAUUUGAUUUGGUAAACACAGCAUCACAGGAGCUUUUAGACACUGUUAUAAAAUCUUUUCCGGAUGAAAAUGAGAACAUCAUUGUCAAAAAGAUCUUGAACAUAUUAUCAGGUGUGCCAACUUCUGAUUUUGACAAUACUUUUCUUUACAAAAAUAACAACACAGAUAUCACUAUAUUGAACAAGACCAAGAACCUAUUGGAUGGAAGAAGUUCUGUUUUCCAUUCUGCAGUAACGUUUGCAAAUGCUUAUAUGCACGCUGGAACAACUGAUGAUUCAUUCUUUAGAAAGAAUUUGGAGUGGCUAGGCAGAGCAACUAACUGGUCAAAAUUUUCAGCCACUGCCGCCCUUGGUGUUAUUCAUAAAGGAAACCUUUCUCAAGGACGUACUAUUUUGAAACCAUACUUGCCGGGGUCUUCCAGUGCUGCUCAUACUAAAGGUGGUUCUUUACUCGCGUUGGGAUUCAUUUACGCUGGUCAUGGUAGAGAGGUUGUUGGAUACUUGAAGAAGUUUAUUGAUGACAACAGUAGCUCGUCUGGUACUAAUGAUAUCGAAGUGCAAUUACAUGGAGCCUCUUUGGGUGCUGGUGUUGCAGGAAUGGACUCACAAGCUGAGGAUUUGUAUGAGUCUUUGAAAGUGGUACUUUAUUCGGACUCUGCUACAUCAUCUCAAGCAGCUGCUUUAGGUAUGGGUUUGGUUUUACUAGGAUCAGGAAAUGAAGCAGCCACUCAUGACAUGUUGACGUAUGCCUUGGAAACGCAACACGAAAAUAUAAUAAGGAGUUUGGCAAUCGGUAUUGCCUUGUUGCACUAUGGACGUGAAGAGAAAGCUGACUACAUCAUUGAAGAUUUGAUGAAACAGGAGUCCUCCAUCUUGAGAUAUGGUGGUGCUUUUGCAAUUGGUUUAGCAUAUGCUGGAACUGGAGACAAUGGUGCCAUUAAGAAAUUGUUGCACUAUGCAGUUUCAGACCCUAGCGAUGAUGUAAGAAGAUCCGCUGUUUUGAAUUUGGGUUUCCUUUUGAUACGUGAUUAUACCGCGGCCCCUCAAUUGGUUAAAUUGUUGUCUCAAUCACACAACCCACAUGUGAGAUAUGGAACUGCUUUGGCAUUAGGUAUUUCAUGUGCUGGUAGAGCUUAUGCUCCAGCAAUUGAGGUGUUGGAGCCAUUGACCAAAGAUGCCGUUGACUUUGUCAGACAAGGAGCAAUGAUGGCCACAGCCAUGAUUUUGAUUCAACAGAAUGAAUUUUUGUACCCAAAGGUGAAGGAGUUUACCAAAAAGUACGCCGAUACCAUCAAGAAUAAGCACGAGGAUGCAUUGGCUAAAUUUGGAGCCACAUUGUCCCAAGGUAUCAUUGAUGCAGGAGGAAGAAAUGUGACAAUCAAUUUAGAGAAUGCGCAAACAAACACAUUGAAUACAAGUGCGAUCGUUGGGUUGGCAAUCUUUGCUCAAUCUUGGUACUGGUUCCCAUUGGCCCACUUUUUAUCAUUGUCGUUUGCGCCAACAUCUGUAAUUGGUGUUAGAGGUAGCGAUUUAAAGAUUCCCAAAUUUGAACUAAAUUGUCAUGCAAAUCAAGAGUAUUUCCAAUAUCCUCCUAAAGUGGAAGAGUCUAAGGAGAAGCAGCCAGACAAGUUGGCUACUGCUGUUUUGUCAACAACUGCUAAAGCCAAGACAAGAGCGAAAAAGAAGCAACACAAGAAAGAGGAAGACGACAAAAUGGAUGUUGAUGUUGAUACAAAGGAGGACAAGAAGGUGGAGAAGAAGACCGAGGAUAGUGCAGAGACAAAGGACAAUAAGGCAUCUAAAGAUGAAUCUAAGAAAGAUGAUGCCAAGGAGGUUAGUUCUUUGCCAGCCACUAUACGCUACACAAAAACUUCAUACAAGAUUGAAAACUUGUCUAGAGUGUUACCACAGCAAUCAGGUUACGUCUCUUUCAUCAAGGAUGAUAGAUUCGUGCCUGUUAGAAAAUUUAGAGGAACUGGUAGUAUUAUUGUCUUGCAAGAUACGAAACCGGAUGAACCAAUUGAAUUUAUCAAAACAGUUAGGCAGUUAAAUAUAACGACAGCGCCAAUGCCCGAGCCAUUUACAUUGAGUGGGGAAGAUUUAGAAGAGUAG